AUGAGGACCAUAAGGAAAGAUGCUCCGCUGCUCACUCUCGAAGAGUCGAUUCUCGUCGACAAGCUACAAGAAAUUCUUCACAAGCACAGUCCACCAACACGCUGCCUAAGCAGCGCAACCAAGAAGGUCGAACCUCGCAGAUCAACGAGGAAGUCAAUUAGCAUCACCCAAAUAGCGAAGGUCGCCAACACUCUGACUGAGGUCUUCAAGACUGCGGAACGCUGUGCGCUCUGGGAUGACGAUCGAAUCUCCGCAAAGAAGUCUACUAAGCAAGAAGAUCAGCCGACUAAGCGGUCAGGCCAAAGAAGCGACGGGUUUAGCAAUAGAAACAAGGACAAGCGUAGGUCGCACCCACAAAGGGGACACUAUGGCAGGAUAGAACUACACCAAGUUCGCCAUCCCUAUACAUCAAAUCUUGCCCCAUGUGAAAGACAAACCUUGGGUGAGAAAAUCGCCACAUUUGAAAGGAGAUCCGAACAAGAGGGAUAUAGCAAAUAUUGUGCCUUCCAUGGGACGCACGAGCACACAAUGAACAACUGCUUUGCUUGGAAAGCGCAACUUGAAGAACUCGUGAGAGAAGGUCAUUGCACGAAAUUCAUUGCAAAGCAGGCCAUCCAGCAAAUUAAAUAUCGUGACACCACCAAGGAGCUGCCCCAAAAGGUCAUAAGGAUUAACACAAUCCUAGUCGACUCGGAGGAGUCUGGGUUGACUAGCAAGAAAAAGAAGAGCAAGAUCAAACAGGCCAUAGUGGUCUCCCAAAUCUUAACCGACCUUCCACAUGCAGAAGACGAUCCUGUGAUCGGCUUCCAAAAGAAAGACAUGAUCGGCCUCGACAUGCCACAUAACGAUGCCCUUGUCAUUAGCAUUCAAAUUGCCCAAGCCAUGGUCGACCGAAUCCACGCAGACGAGGGCAGCACAACCAAUAUCCUGCAACUAGCGGUCAUCCAGCAGAUGGGCUUGGAGACAAAGAUCAACAAAUCAGCCAGAUCGCUAACUGGCUUGAAUGGUGCAACAACAGUUACCAUUGGCACAACAGACCUCGACGUAUACUCCCCACCUAUAAUCAGCUCGCAAAUAUUCAUGGUAAUUAAUGAGGUCUCACCCUACAACGGUAUUCUGGGCAGACCAUUGAUCGGCAAGAUCAACGCCAUCACCUCCACCACACAUCAGAAAAUCCGGUACCCAAUUCCUAGGGGCUGUGUCAGCCAAAUCAAUAGCGAUCAGACAAUGGCAAGGAAAUGGUCUGCCCAAAGGCUGAAGAAAAGCAAACAAGCACAGUUCCUCCCUGUAAGCCAGGCAGAUCUGAAGGAGGUUGAACAACCGAAUCUUGCUCCUUUAUAG